GAUUUAUGUCAUAAGGCAGAAUGGAAUUCAUCACGUCACAUAAGGGUGAGCGAUGGUUGUGUAACGACAACUACAUGACUGUUUUUUCGCAGCAAAUGAAAGAUAACGCGGGCUUGAAGUUUCUGGAGGCAUAUUUGCACCAUUUUGAUAUUGAAGGAUACCUUUAUGUAUCGUCCUUCAAAAUGUCGGACCCUGGUCUUCAAUAAUUUGUCAUCAAUAAUAGCCAGUGUGAGUCAGUUCUCAGCUCCCCGUCCUGGAAGAGUCAUGCAGCGUGCCUGUUCGGCGUUUGUGUUGCUGUUUGCGAUGUCGGCUCCUGGUGCGACUCGGGGCGGCUCCCUUGAGCCGAGGUACAAGUCAGAGUUCACGUACGAUGAACAGCUUCUGGAGAAGAUGAUCCGAAUGGAGGCAGAAAUGGACAAGUGGGAGACACGGAUAAAUGAACAACUCGGGCAGCUAACGAGUCUACGGGAACACAUUGACCACCUGAUUAAGACCGAGGAUUCCCGUCUGGAGCUCAUACAGGAAGUGUUUGUAGAAUCCCGUAACAACCUGACGGCACUGCAGUCUCGAGCUGAUGGCGAAGUGCAGCAGCUUAUAGAGAAGAUUAAAAAAGGCGAGUUUUAUUUAUUACUUAAAUUCAGAUAAUGUUUACAUUUCUAUAAAAUAUUUUUUGUACAAACUAU